AUGAACUGGAUAAAAAUAUUUUAUAAUGAUAUUACAUCUACUGUCACCCAGAACUGCUCUCUGUCAGACUUUUUCCGUGUAGAGAGAGGCUGUAGACAGGGCGAUCCUUCAUAUCCUAACCUUUUCUUGCUAUGUGCCGAAAUAUUAGGCAUUUUAGUAAAAGGUAGUGGUGAGAUAAAGGGUAUUACGAUAGACGAUUCAGGGUAUAUCUUGUCUCAAUAUGCAGACGACACAUCACUUAUUUUGGAUGGGUCACCUUCCUCGCUAGAUGCAUCUCUCCGUAUAUUACAAUUCUAUGCUGAAAUAUCAGGACUGAAAAUUUUCUUAGACAAAACAAGCGUUAUAUGGAUAGGUAGUAAUAAAUCAUAG